GCAGUGCCAGAUUAUCAGAAAAAAAACAAGGCCAGGCAGGUGUGUUAGAAAAGCAAUUCUUCAAGAAAGUACCAGCUUGUUUAAAAGAAAUACCUGCAAGACAGCGAAACAUCAUUAGAAGGAAUCUCCUCCAAGACAGUAGCACGGUAUCACAAGUGACUUGUCCAAGGCAAUAAUUAUUAAAGUGAGAAAAAUCACAAGUUAUUAAGAGAAUCCCUUCAAGGCAACAGUGGAUUAUUGGAAGGAAACUUCUUCAGAGCUGUUCUGGAUUUUUAAAAGGAGAAAAAGAACACCACUUACUGAAUUAAGAUCCCUUCGUCCUGAUUUCUGUUUUGGGGGUCCAAGGCUUCUGGCUGGAGUUUGAACAUUCUGAAUUGCCUCUUCACCUUCGUUUACUCUCUCAUCCUGUUUUUGGAAGGAAACUGCAAUUGCAUAGGGGAAGCUGCCAAGGAGCUGGUGCACUUAAAGAACAUGACAGCUUCCAGCAUGAAGUGUCCUUCCACUGGAAGAAAAGGAGUUGUCAUUGCUGUGAUCAGUGCCAUGGCGGUGAUUUCCGUUUGCAUAGCUCUCAUCGUAACCCUGACAGUCAACAGGAAAUCCCCGCAAGAUUCUCAAGCCUUCAGUACAGGUGGGGAUAUGUUGGAUUAUCUGUUCAAUCUAAGGAGAAUAGACCGGAAAGAUGGGUUGCUGGUCAGCUGGUACCAUGCUGCAAACCGGAAGAGUGAAAUGGAAGAGGCAUUAAAGAGUGACGUUAUGGCCUUGGAAGCUGAUGUCACUGUUGAAGCACACAACACACCCAAUGAGACAGACACACCCAUCAUGGCACAUCCACCUGACAUCUACAGUGAUAACACUCUUCAGGAAUGGCUGGAGGCAGUCCUUAAGUCAUCCAAUAAAGCCAUCAAGCUGGAUUUCAAAAGCAUCAAAGCUGUUGGCCCAUCUCUGGAUACAUUAGUAAAAACCUUUUCUCAAAUGAAUAUCAACAGACCUGUGUGGCUAAAUGCAGACAUUCUGAGAGGUCCAAAUGUACCUAUUAAUAUUGCAGUCAAUGCAAGCCGAUUCCUCUCACUCAUCCAGGAGAAGUUCCCAAACUGCACUCUCUCCCCAGGAUGGUCAACCCUCUAUUUACCUAUCUUUCCAAACAAGACCUACACACAGAAAAUGGUUGAGGACAUGCAUAGCCUCGUAGGGAACCUGCCUCAGCGAAUCACCUUCCCUAUAAGAGCCGUCAUGGCAAGACCAGCCUGGCCUCAUUUGAGCUGGCUUCUCAGCCAGUCUGACAGGUACAGUCUGACUCUCUGGCAAGGGAAGACUGAUCCAGUUACAGUGGAUGAUCUCCUGUUUAUCCGAAAGAAUAGCCAACCUGAACAAAUCUAUUAUGACCUUUUUGAACCUGUGUUGACUCAGUUCCGAGACUUGGCAUCACAACAGGAAGUUCAACGUGGCGAACACCUAGGCUGAUAUCACCAGAUAUCAGUAAACUCCGCUACUUCAGUUAAAGUGUACACACAAAAAAGGAACCAAUUCAUAGUCUCUGCAGCAAGUUCUACAACAAAUAGUAUCCUCAACUUCUUGCCAUCUGGACAGUGCUGCUGUGUAAACAGCUUGGAAAUGCCAUCCCAUUUGGCUGAGACAACUUUCAAAUUAGUAUUAGCAGAGAAGGCAGACGUGACACACAAGAACUUGACAAAUGAAUGAAGUCGAACUAAACUCAUUCUCUGUGGAUGUGGACAUUAUGAGGACAUGGCUGGAGCAUCACCAAUGGGUUUGUACAUUAAAGAAAUGUCUAAAGCUACUGAAUUUUGUAAAAUGUCCUGUUUUAGCUGAUAGAGAAUAUAAAAUUGUUCAGUUUCUUGACUAAAUUGUUUAGCUUCUUCUAAACCUUAACCAUUACAAGUUGUGCUCAAUUCACUUUCACACUGAGUGGUUUGCCUGUUGUCAUCUUCUUUCUGGACCUUGAAGUACUAGGAACUUGAUUUCUUUAAAAUUAAUCCCAAGGUACUGAAUUCUGUAUUUGACCUCAGCUUCCAUGCUUGCAUAAUGUGAAU